AUGAACGGCUGCUAUAACACAAUCAAGUUCACGGGCCUGCUCUCCAAUUUGCUUUAUAUGCUACUUGGCAUAGGAGUGAUGUGUGGAGCAGGUUUGGGGUUGCAGGUGGCAGAGCCCAAUACGCCGGAACACACUUACUUCGUUAAGAGUUUGGUUCUGGGUGGCACCAUUUGUAUGAUUGUGAUGUUCGGAUGCUACGGCAUGGUCUGCAACUUGCUCUGUGUCAAUGUGAUUUUUACUCUGUUCAUACUGAUUGCUCUGGCCGCGGAGUACCUUCAGCUGCACCACUACCACAAUCCGACCAUCAAGGUCACUGGUGGCGCCUUGAAGCAACUGGAACUGGCAUGGCAUGGUCUGGACAAAGAACCAGAGCUUAUGCAGCAGUUAGAGGCUUCAAAACACUGCUGCGGCUACAAUAGCUCCGACGAUUACAAGCGCCUGCAUUUGCUGGUGCCAGCGAGUUGUUAUCAGGCCACUGCCAAUGGCACCGCCCAGCAGAUCUAUCCAAGCGGCUGCCUGCAGAUGCUGAGCCAUAGCCAGCGGUACAUUCAGCAACGCGAUAAGGUCUACAUGUGGGCUAUCGUUGGCCUUGAGAUCUUUAUACUUCUACAGACUGUGGCGCUGAGUGUGCUGCUUUUCAGACUCCGCCAACGGCAACGUAUCGCUCGCAGACAGGUGCCACCAGGUGUGCGCCGAGAACCGCGCUCCAACCAUGUGUCCGCCUCACGGGUUCAGCUACUCAACGAUGCCUGAUUUAAGAUCUUAUCAAAUGUGUUGUUUAUUGUAAAUCCAAGUGGCAAAUGCUUAUGUAUAAAUGUCAUUGGUAAUCAG